AUGUCGAUUCUCAUUACCGGUGCGGGUGGGUAUGUUGGCCAGGAAUUGGCCGCUUCUCUUCUCGCAAGCACUCCAGCAACCACCACCGUGACAAUUACAGAUGUCGUCGAGCCUGAAGUCCCCGAAUCUGCCACACAACAGGCAAGCCGUUUGAAAUGUGUCAAAGCCGACCUCACCUCGACAAAGGAGGUCGAUGAAUUAAUCACCGCGUCUCGUCCCUAUGAAACAGUCUAUCUGCUGCACGGAAUCAUGUCUGGCGGCUCGGAGGCAAACUUCGAAUUGGGGGUGCGUGUCAACCUUGACUCAGUCCGUUAUAUCUUGGACCGUCUACGCACCACCACGCCCGGAACCAAAGUGGUUUUCACAUCAUCACUUGCAGUCUACGGCCCCGCCGCUCCUGGGUUCGUCAUCGAUGAAACAAAUUUCCCACCCGUGCCUUCUUCAUCAUAUGGAUCGCAGAAGCUUAUUGUCGAGACACUGCUGAACGACUAUUCGCGACGAGGAUUCCUAGAUGGUCGAUGCGUGCGAUUGCCAACCGUGACUGUCAGAGCUGGGAAGCCAACACAAGCUGCCAGUAGCUUUGCAAGCGAUAUUAUCCGCGAGCCCUUCCACGGAAAGAAGGCUAUUUUGCCUGUGUCCAGGGAGACGGAGAUGUGGAUCUGCUCGCCACACACCGUGAUUAAGAAUCUGAUUCAUGCGCGCUCUAUCCCGAAGGAGGCAUUUGGAGAGUCCAGAUCUGUCAAUCUUCCGGGACUGAAAGUUAGUAUCCAGCAGAUGUUGGACGCGUUGCUGGAAGUGGGUGGUCCAGAGCGUCGGGCUUUGGUGGAGGAGAAGUAUGAUGCUGCCACUGAUAAGAUCGUUCAGUCUUGGACUCCGCAGUUCGAUACUGCGCGGGCCUUCAAAUUGGGCUUUGCUGCUGAUAUCUCCAUGGAAGAGAACAUCAAGCAGUUUGCAAGCAAGUUUGUAUGA